AUGCGUAUCCUGGUGAAUCUCCUCCUGGACACUCUCCCCAUGCUUGGGAAUGUCCUGCUACUCUGUUUCUUCGUCUUCUUCAUCUUCGGCGUCAUUGGAGUGCAGCUGUGGGCGGGGCUACUGAGGAACCGCUGCUACCCCAAGGAAAACUUCACCCUUUCUAAGGACAUCUCCCUGCCUCGCCCUUACUACAUGGCAGACGAGGAUGAUGAGCGACCCUUCAUCUGCUCUCUCGCCCAGGACAACGGCAUCAUGGCGUGCACCGACGUCCCGGCCCGCCGAGAACUAGGACGUACCUGCUGCCUGGACAAGGACGAUGUGACACACAGACAGGGUUUGGGGCUGAGUCCUGAACCCCUGGUUAACGGGUCAGUUAGUGGGCCUGGACUGUGUGUCAACUGGAACCAGUAUUACACACGCUGUCACACGGGCCACAGCAACCCACAUAAAGGAGCCAUCAACUUCGACAAUAUCGCCUACGCUUGGAUCGUCAUCUUUCAGGUGAUCACCCUGGAAGGCUGGGUAGAGAUCAUGUACUAUGUAAUGGAUGCUCACUCCUUCUACAACUUCAUCUACUUUAUACUGCUCAUCAUUAUUGGUUCUUUCUUCAUGAUCAACCUGUGCCUGGUGGUGAUCGCCACCCAGUUCAGUGAGACCAAGCAGCGGGAGCACCAGCUGAUGCAGGAGCAGAGAGCCCAGGCCCACUCUUCCUCUACUUUAGCCAGCAUGACUGAGCCCUCGGCAGGCUGCUAUGAGUCCGUCUUCCAGCUGGUCUGCCACGUCCUCCGCAAGGCCCGAAGGAGGUCCAUGGCGCUCUGUAACCGACUGUUGGGCAGGCCCAAGGAGGUGAAAGGAGCAGGGAGAAGAGGAGGAGGAGAGAAGACCAACGUGAAUGGAGGAGGAAGAGGAGUAGAUGGAGAGAGGAGAGGGCAGCACAGACAGGCGGUCCACUGUCCCCAUCACACCAAGCCCGACCACGCCUCCCCAGGAGACUCCAUCGCCCUCACCCUCUCCCCCUCCACCGACGGCUGCCCUCAUUGCACCGUCGCCCUGUCAAUCAGCGACGGGGCGGGACCUGCCGACUGCCUGACCAAUUUGGAGGUGGAGGAAGGAGCUUUGGAGAAGACGGACGGGGAGGGCAGCAAAUGCGAUGCCGGGAAGGAGGAAGUGAAAGACGCGGUUCCCGCUAAGGUUUCUGGGGGAUGUAGGCGGGGGUGUGGGAAGCUGUGGGAGGAGACGAGGUUGAAGUUGUUGGGGAUCGUGGAGAGCAAGUACUUCAAUAGAGGAAUUAUGAUCGCUAUCCUCAUCAAUACCAUCAGUAUGGGCAUCGAACACCACAACCAGCCUGAGGAACUAACCAACGUGUUGGAGAUCUGUAACAUAGUGUUCACUAGUAUGUUUGCCAUGGAGAUGAUUCUGAAGAUAACAGCGUCCGGAUGUUUCAACUAUCUGAGAAACCCCUACAAUGUGUUCGACGGUGUCAUCGUCAUUAUCAGUGUGUGUGAGAUCAUCGGCCAGUCUGACGGAGGUCUGUCCAUAUUGAGGACCUUCAGACUCCUUCGUGUCCUGAAGCUAGUCAGGUUCAUGCCGGCGCUGCGCAGACAGCUUGUGGUCCUGAUGAAGACUAUGGACAAUGUGGCCACCUUCUGUAUGCUGUUGAUGCUGUUCAUCUUUAUAUUCAGUAUCUUGGGGAUGCAUAUCUUUGGCUGCAAGUUCAGCCUGAAGACAGAGGCAGGAGACACUGUUCCAGACAGGAAGAACUUUGACUCUCUACUCUGGGCCAUCGUCACUGUGUUUCAGAUCCUCACCCAGGAAGACUGGAACACGGUGCUGUAUAAUGGAAUGGCUGCCACCUCUCCUCUAGCUGCUCUGUACUUCGUAGCUCUUAUGACGUUUGGGAACUACGUCCUCUUCAACCUUCUGGUGGCCAUCUUGGUAGAGGAUUUCAGGCUGAGGUAA